CAUGCUCUCUUUAUUACCGCAAAAGUGAAGUCCUAAAAAGAGGAAAUAUUGCUCUUUUUUCUUUUUCUUUCACUUUCUAUAUCAAAACCCAACAAAAGAGGAAAAAAAAACACUAAAGCUUCUAAUACCCGAGUGAAGAAGCAGAUGCAACCAAUACCAUCCGGAAGCCGCAACACUAGUGCUGGUGGUGGUAGCGCUGGUGGCGGUGGAGGUGGAGGUGGAGGUGGAGGUGGAGGUGGAGGGAUUGCUAGGUUUCGUUCAGCACCAGCCACAUGGAUAGAAGCACUUCUUGGAGAAGAAGAAGAGGACCCAUUAAAGCAAAGUCAGAACUUGACUCAGUUACUUACUUCAAACACACCUUCAAGUAGAGAUUCAGUGCCUUUUAAUGCUUCCAGUGCUGCUGUUGAACCGGGUUUGUUUGAACCGGUUGGUGGUUUUCAAAGGAACAAUAGCUCUCCAACUGAUAUUCUUCGGAGUUCUGGGAUUGGAAGUGAUCAAGGGUAUUUUUCUAGUUACGGAAAUGCUUCAAAUUAUGAGUAUAUGACGCCAACUAUGGAUGUUUCGCCUUCUGAUAAAAGAGCUAGAGAGGUUGAGUUGCAAAACCCUUCUGCAAGAUACCCACCUCCUCCGUCGAAAAGAGAGCAAACGGGGCCUUUAAGGGCAUCUAGUUUGAUAGAAAUGGAGAUGGACAAGCUUUUGGAGGAUUCAGUGCCUUGCAGGGUUCGUGCGAAGCGUGGCUGUGCUACGCAUCCUCGAAGUAUUGCAGAGAGGGUUCGGAGAACUCGAAUCAGUGACCGCAUAAGGAAACUUCAGGAACUUGUUCCAAAUAUGGACAAGCAAACAAACACUGCUGAUAUGUUAGAUGAGGCAUUAGAGUAUGUUAAGUUUCUUCAAAGGCAGAUUCAGGAACUCACGGAACAGCAAAGAAAAUGCAAAUGCAUAGCUAAAGAAUAACAUGGAGGUAAUAUGCCUGCCCACUACUGUUUUGUGUAAUUAUCAGAUUAAUGAGAUUUCAUUUAAGGUCCAUCAUGGUAUUUUCUGAUGAUCCUCUCUGGAAGCUCCAUCAUGUAAUUAAAAGAUUACCAUCUUUUAUGUCACUCUUAUUCUAUAUGUAGAUGAAAGCCUGCCAUGUGGGUAGCAAAUAUAUUAGAGUUCAUGUCAAGGUUUAGCCGCUUCAUCUUGGAAAGUUCUAGUCUCUUUAAGGUCGUGCUUGGUAUGUUAAUAGUUGUAGAAUCCUGUACACAAUAAUAUACUUUCCAGGGUGCUGCUGAACGGGCUUUACAUAUUCUUGAUAUUGCUUUCCAUAUUCUGUGGUAUAUUUACAGCUAUGUAUUCCAUUAAACUUUCCUGAAGAAGCUGUUGUAUCCACGAAAAUCUUUGGUCAAAUAUGUGCCUAAUAUUAUACAUAGUAUCUUAGGAAUUGCGUUGCAUG